AGGGUUAUCACGUGACAUGACAGAAAGGGUGACGUAUUUGUGACGGGUUGAGUGUCUUGCGGAUUCGUCUUGUUUUUGCGGUGGGCGAUUAUUACAGUUGGAAAAUCGCCCAGGCUCAAGAUUAAGUCGCCGCUCGAGCAAAUGAAUUGAGUUGAGACUCGAUUUAUGAGACAUUUUUGGAGAGACGUUUUCGAGUCGUGAAGGUUGCAGUCCUACGACCACGCUUUUUCCGUAAGAAUACAUUGGAUGCCCUUCGUCCACACAUCCCUGCAGGCCGGCAAUGGAGAGAUUCGACGAGGAGGCUAAGCCCUCCCACCUUGCUGGCUAUGGGGAUGACCCACUGGCAAUGGCGAUGGCCCAGAGCGGGAUCGAGACGGGGGACCAGUGGUCAUUCCUGGACCUGAGGUCCGACCACGGCGGCGGAGACCAGUACGAUCCAGAGACGUCACCGGACCAGUACGAUCCCGAGACGUCAUCAGACCAGUUUGGACAGCUGGCGUGCCUACAGACCAGUGACGAGGAACGGAGUGUAGAGGAGCGGCUCCACGGGAGGAUGGAGGAGGAAGAAGGAGAGGACGAGGAGGAAUUAGAAGAUGUGGACAGAGACCUGGACGGCUUGCUGAGCGCCUACUACUACACCGUGGAUACUGGCGAGGACCCCGAUCCGGACCCGGACCCGGACAGUCCGGAUACGGAUGCCAACGAGUACACCGACCUGACCCCCGCCUCCGUCCUCCCCCGCCUGGUGGCCAGCCUGGGCUGGACGGACGCGGACCGUCGACCGCCGUAUACCUUUGAGGAGCUGGCCGCGCUGGCCAUCUGUUCGUCUCCCGACCGGCGCCUGACGGCUCGGCUGGCGGCUCAGUUCGUCAGACAGGUGUAUCCCUUCUAUCGGCAGCACGAGCAGCGGUUACAGACGUGUCUGGAGCAGGCGCUGUUCGCCAGCCCGUUCUUCCGUCGCCUGUCGGGCGGCGGCCCGCUCUCCCGACCCUGGACUGUGACGGUCGAGGGAGAGCGGCGACUCGCUGACGGCGUGCGGCGACGGCUCGGUGCCGAGGAGUUCUGGAGGCCCGCCAAACCCGCCUGGCAGGAGGACCAUAACUAUGCGGCAGAGAGCCCCUCCUCAGCAGCGGCGGGUGCGGGGAGGAGGAGGGUCAAACUGGCCACCAAAACGUGACAGAGGUGCGAGCGAGAGAGGUGUCGCUGGCUUCUUGUUGCGUCGGGCUGACUCUGCCCGGAGACUCCUUCAACUAGCCAUCAAACGUCAUCGCCUGCCGCCAUCAGCCGCCACUAGCGUCAUCGGCGGCGUCAUCGGCGUCAUCGGCUGUGCACCGGAUGACGACUUCGGAUUAGUACACGGUGACGAUCGUCCAAAGUGCGCACACACAGCACAUAUCUAACAUUGCUGGCUUCUCGGCUCGCCUUGACAUGGUGUAACCAAGUGCAACCUCCAGUCUGGUCAUUGAGAACAUGUGCUGAUGACUAUCGGCUGCUGACAGGCCUUCUGCGAGUCUAUCUGGUACGCUCGCUGGUCAGAGUGGUCUGCUCGCUAGUCACUGCGUCCACCCGCUAGUCAUAUCGCCAUGGUGUUGCGAGGAGAGGCGAGUCUACUGCCGAGAUUGGCCAUUGGAUUCGGCUGUGAUGAGUGCCCCCGGAGUGCUGCGGUGUCUUGAGGAGUGUCCCGAGGAGUGUCGUGGGAGUGUGAUGUGAGUGACCCCUUGGAGUGCAGCAGUGUUUCGGGAGGACUGGGGAGCAGCGCUUUGCCACAGUGGCAGUGUCGUAGAAUUGUGCAGUCUGCCCCCAGAUGACGGAGUGUCAAAAAUGUCGCCUCGGGAGUGUUCAUUGGUAGAGUCUAGAUCAGUGAUACGGAGUGCCCGGGAGUGCCCAGGAGUGCCUAGUGCAGGCAGCGGACGGCUGAGAUGGAGCACUCGAGUGCCUACCAGAGUGGUCCGCUCUGACCCUGACUACCGAGAAGAACAGCUGCCUCUCCAUUCUUCUUCAUUCGCUUCAGUGAUGGACGUCAGCUGCUCGACUUAGUUGCCAGCCUGGAAGAGGCGGAUACACUUCGCACAGUCAGGCCCCGUCUGUCGACUCAACGCUCCUGUUCAGGCGUAAAACUCCUGGGGCCAACGCCUCACCUCCACUGGAAAACCAACUUUCGUCGAUGGGAGACGUCUCUGUCAAAAGCCUGACUUCCUCCUCCGCCUGUGGUCUCCCGUGGUCUCUGAGGCCGCCGUGUCUGUCAUCAAGAAGAGAGGCAUCUGGGGAGGUCUCACACCGUCAGCCAGCCGACCGACUUGCAUCUUCAUUGAAACAGUUACAUCAUCACCCGGCCUCGUCAACUCGACUCAAAAGCUAUGCGAGCAUCAUCAACACCAUCUGUAGAACACUCGGGAAUAGUGGCCAAGAAGAUCAGCAGCAUGCGGUGACGUCGGCAUGCCUUCCCAUUGGCUGCCUGGGGCGACACGCUGCGGUCACAAGUGGGGAUGGCAGACGGGGGUUCCUCUCUCAGUCGACGGAGCGACACGCUGCGGUCACGGGUGGUGACGGCAGACGGGGGUUCCCCUUUCAGUCUUCGAAACACCGUGGUCGGAACUUGUUGGCGGGCACCGACAUCUUGUGCCAUGCUAAAAACAGCGACUGGAGGUUGUUCAGGUGAACAUAUCUCUUUCCUAAUAAUCUUGAGGUACUUUAAUGAAACAGUACUGAAUAUCGACUGGCGUUUUUGGCGGAUGUUAACUUAAUUGUCGGCAUAUGGUCGGAGGCAGGAGUUUACGGGCAGAAAGUCAUCAGAAAGUCAACCUUAGAAUGGCUGGUGACCUGGCGAAUGACUGAAGACGAUACGCGGCUAGUGGCAUCACCCAUUUCCCAUAUCAAUAGCUAGCGUGUGCUUGUCUGUUACUACCCUUUUGUGUGGUAGAGAGGGGCAGGUGUUUUGGGCGCCAGUCAAAACACAGGGGCAGGGCAGGCGUCAGCCGAAUAUGUGGGCUAUCGGAUCUCACCCCACACAAUUCGCCCAAUGUGAGCUUCCACCACGUAGGCCCGUCUUUCACCCCUCUGCGGGCCGAACGGGGUCAGAUCUGGGGUCAGAGGUCACUCUGGAAUAUGUCCCGGGGCGCUGCACUGAGAAGUCGCUGUGUGGCGACCUUUCACCUGUUAUCGGCUAGCGUGCAAUCGUGUGUUUGUGUGAUCCAGCGUGUGCGUAUGUGUGUGUAUUGUUAUGACAUCAUGUUACUCAGCGAUGCCCGAUGGUGUUAUGCUUGUGGGAGGAACAAUUUAUACGGCAACUGAUAGGCCAUUUUGCCGAAAUGUUGCGCCGUUUUGCAAUACAAAGCAUGUUAUGA